CAGAUUUUAGUACCAAUCUUUGAAGGGAGGCUACUCUUAAACGUUGAAACAACGGGAAAGUUGCUCGAACAAUAUUAAAUUAAUCUCGAUGGGCGAUGUUUGAAAUAAGUCGGCAGGGGAAGUUGGUGAUCCUGGGUAUUGGGAUUCCUACAGCUGUUGGUUUACUCUAUUAUCUCCUGAAGACAGCAUCUGAUGAUGAUGAAGAGGAUAUAGCUGGCAGGAAGUCCUCAUCCUCAGCAACUUCUCGCCAGACUGUGAUUGAGGUUCAGGUUCCACGCAAAGCUGUUGGUGCUGUCAUAGGUAGACAGGGUGCAACUAUCAAAGAGAUUCAGGAACAGAGUGGAGCAAAAGUGAAUUUCAAAGAUUACACACAGUCUGAUGAUACAGAUAGAACUGUCGUUAUCCGAGGGACUCCGGAGGCGGCACAGUCGGCCGAGUGUCGGAUACGCCACAUACUUGCCAACAUGCCGGUUAUAGUGCAGGCAGAAAUGGAAGUCCCAAAGUAUGCUCUGGGGAGAAUCAUUGGCAGAGGUGGAGAAAGUAUCCGUCAGAUGUCAAGAGCUUCCAAGACAAAGAUUCUUAUUGAUAAAACAAGAGACAGUUACCUUGAUAAACCACAGAUAAUCACAAUCGUUGGUGCUAAAGACCAGAUUGUUGUUGCUAAGGGUCUGAUUCAAGAGAAGCUUGAUGAAGAAGAAGAAUUCAGGGCUAGAACAGCAGUGUCUGCUGCCAAUAGAGAAACAAGGCACAAAGUGAAAGAUUCAAACAGCCAGUCACAUGACAGAAUGACACAUUCUGCAAAUAAUGAAGAAAACAAUAUUGAAACAGACAAUAUUGAGAGAACUGGCGAUAGAGAUCACAAUUUAUACAUGGAAUUCCCAAACGGAAGAGACUAUGUGGAGGUAUAUGUAUCAGCAAUAGCAACUCCAGGACAUUUCUGGGUACAGACUAUUGGUUCCAUGGCUUUACAGCUGGAUAAACUGUCUGAUACAAUGACUAGAUACUAUGAAGGUGAAGGAAAGAACUUGAUGCUUUCCACAGUGGAGAAAGGAGAUAUUGUUGCAGCUCCUUUUGAAAAUGAUAAAACUUGGUACAGAGCAAAAGUAAUGGACAUUAUAAAUCAAUCAGAGCUAGAUCUGUUCUAUGUUGAUUAUGGGGACAGUGCAUACAUGGCUUCUUCCCUUGUCAAACCUUUAAGUUCAGAAUAUUUAACAUUGCCAUUUCAAGCUAUAGAAUGCCGUCUCGCUGGCCUGAAGCCUAACGGUGAGUGGACAGAGGAGGCAUUUAACAAGUUUGAAGCAUUAACAUAUUGUGCUAAAUGGAAGGUGUUGCAGGCUAAAGCUGUCAAAUUUAGCAGCGGGACAAUCCCACAUGUUCAGCUGAUAGAUACCAAUGGCAGUAAGGAUAUCGCAAUAAAUGAAGAGAUGAUAAAAUGUGGUUUUGCAGUAGCUGAUACGUGAUGCUGUAGCCCAUCAGAGAUGUAAAUUUGUGGCAUUUGAAUAACUUAAAAUCAAUGUCAUAUCAAAAGAAACAAAUAGGUGACUUAAAGCAGACAUGCAGUAACAUGACAGUAUAACAGGCAAAUCAUUUAAGUAUAGUUGUAGGAUGGUAAUUUGGCUUUUAAUGGCGCUUGAAGAAAGCUUAUGUAUAGUAUGUUAAAAAUGAUAAUAGGGUUGUCUGAUGAGGAGCUACCUCAUUCUCAAGAACUUUUAUUGUACAUUUUAAGUGGAUUUAUCUGAGUGCCCUAUUUUAUGUGUUUUUGUUUUGGUUACUUUUUUAUUUACAAGUGCCAAAUUAUCAUCCAAGAUCUAUAACUUUAAAUGUAUUCUUGAAUUGUGUUGAAAGCAGUGUAGGUUGUGAUUAUUCGUGCUAUUCGAAGUCAUUAACAUUUGACCAGAUUGUUUACUCAGUUUUGUUUUUGUUUUAAUCAUGUUAGUUAGAGAUUCUGCAAACAAUGUGUUUUGUGAUUAAUGUAACAGAAGGGAAUCAAAAUAACCCGCGCCAUGAGAAAACCAACAUAGUGCCUUUGCAACCAGCAUGGAUCCAGAUCAGCCUGCGUAUCCGCGCAGUCUGGUCAGGAUCCAUGCUGUUCGCUAACAGUUUCUCUAAUUGCAGUAGGCUUUGAAAGUGAACAGCAUGGAUGCGCAGGCUGGUCUGGAUCCAUGCUGGUUGCAAACGCAAUAUGUUGGUUUUCUCACGGUGCGGCUCAAAUUAUGCUGUAGUAGAAAGAAUUCUGAUGGAAUUUGAAACUGGUCUGAACUAAGUAAGGGUCAAGUACUACUGUUUGAUAUACCUUUUUCCCAUAAUUUCUCUUUAUACCCCCACCAAACAUGUUGGGGGUGGGGUGCUAUAUAGGAGUCUUAGUUUUGUCGCGUCCCAUUGCGUCCUGAAAUCUAUAUCUCAGUUAUUACUAAACGGAUUUGAUUAAAACUUAAAUAGAUGUUCCAUCUUAUCACCAACAUCAUGUGACACAAGGUGCAUAACUCUUACACCAAUUUUUCAUGAGUUAUGCCCCCUUUUACUUAGAAUUUAAGGUUAAUUUUGAUGCAUUUUCACUAUAUCUCAGUUAUUUCUAAAUGGAUUUGAUUUGAACUUGAAAUAGAUGUUCCACCUUAUCACCCGCAUCAUGUGACGCAAGGUGCAUAACUCUGACACCAAUUUUUCAUGAAUUAUGCCCCCUUUUACUUAGAAUUUAAGGUUAAUUUUGAUGCAUUUUCACUAUAUCUCAGUUAUUACUAAAUGGAUUUGAUUCAAACUUAAAAUAGAUGUUCCACCUUAUCACCCACAUCAUGUGACACAAGGUGCAUAACUCUGACACCAAUUAUUUAUGAGUUAUGCCCCCUUUUACUUAGAAUUUAAGGUUAAUUUUGAUGCAUUUUCACUAUAUCUCAGUUAUUGCUAAAUGGAUUUGAUUCAAACUUGAAAAAGAUGUUUCACCUUAUCACCUGCAUCAUGUGACGCAAGGUGCAUAACUCUGACACCAAUUUUUCCAUGAAUUAUGCCCCCUUUUACUUAGAAUUUAAGGUUAAUUUUGAUGCAUUUUCACUAUAUCUCAGUUAUUACUAAAUGGAUUUGAUUCAAACUUAAAACAGAUGUUCCGACUUAUCACCCACAUCAUGUGACACAAGAUGCAUAACUCUUGACACCAAUAAUUCCUGAAUUAUGCCCCCUUUUUGCUUAGAAUUAUACUUGUAUAGUGUUUUGAUACACUUUAUCUGUACCUCUCUUAUUAUUUGAUAUUUUUUAACACAGACUCAAGCUAUUGUGCAGUAUUCAUCCACCAUUUGAGUCAUUAAACACUCCAGUGACAGUUCUUGACAGAUUUAAAUGUUUUUAGUACACAGGUGUGACAUCAUAAAAUACAGGUAAAGUUCGACUUUGUCUACAAACCACCAAUUUUAUAUGUAGUUAUGGCCCCCUUCCAACUUAAAAUUUGUCAAACUCAUGGUUGCCAGACAAUAACUUAUGAAAGGCUUGACAGAAUUAGAUAAAUUUUGGUACACAGGUAUAACAUCAUUAACUACAGGUCAAGUUCGAUUGGAAGUGCACCUUCUUGUGGCCAUGUCUUUCUUAUGGUUGCCAUUCUUUUGUGACAAGACGGUAUUGUGGGGGUAUUCGUCACUCCUGUGACAGUUCUAGUUAAAUACAGGACAAUACAAAGUUAUUAUCAUAUAUCAUUUUAACAAGCUGUAGUGCUGGUAAUGAGAACUUUCUCAAAAAAAAAAUCUUAUUGUACCUGAAAGUUUCAGUAUUUGCACUCCUUUUGAUAGUGGACUGUUGUAAAACUUUCAGGGUAAAUAUUUUUUAAGUUAGAUAUAGUAAGCUGUUGUAGAAAAGUUUGACGUUUUCCUGUAAAAAAAUUGCAAACUUUCAAAGAAUAGAGUAUUUUGAAAUUUAAUCAUUUUCAGACAAAAAUAGAAUUUGGCCAUAAAAUUGACAUUUUUGAAGAUUUUGAGGAUAAAAGAAACUCCUACCAAGCCAUUUAAAAUGAUGUAUACAUAUAACAUUUAGCGAAGGUUAUGCAAAAUAAAUUUACGAAAAAAGCAACAUGUCAGAUUUGUAUAUUUAAGUAUAUGAACCUCAUGGAAAACUUAAAAAAAUAAAAUAAUAUAGUAUGCAAUAUUAUUAUAUACAAAAAUAGAUUUGUCUUAGAAAUAGAUUGUCUCAAACUUUUAAUGUCAUUUUCAUGAUUUUACAGAAACUUUAUACACUGAUGGGCUUUUAAAAACAAUAAGCUCUAAAUAUGUUUCUCAUAUUGAUUAACAUAACUGUGUGCUUCCUAAUAUGUAGUCACAAUCUGUGACUCUAGAUACCUCCCAUGUUUGACUAGUUACCUCCCUUGAUACUCUGUAAUAUCAGACUGAAAUGAAAUAAAAUGAGCCGCGCCAUGAGAAAACCAACGUAGUGCGUUUGCGACCAGCAUGGAUGCAGACCAGCCUGCGCAUCCGUGCAGUCUGGUCAUGAUCCUUGGUGUUCGCUAACGGUUUCUCUCAUUGCAAUAGGCUUUGAAAGCGAACAGCAUGUAUCCUGACCAGACUGCGCGGAUGCUGGUCGCAAACGCACUAUGUCGUUUUUCUCAUGGUGCGGCUCAAAUUGGUAAUUACACAGGAGUUAGUCUACAGAAAAUUGUAAUGUGAAAAUUCUUUUAGCAUUGUAAUUAUCCUCUCAUCCUGUAUGUGCCUUGGGAUGGAAAAACGUUGACAUUACACAGGUCUACCAGCAUGUCCUUCAUAUAAAACUGUUUUAUUAUCUAUAGACACACAUCUAGUUAUGCUUAUCUUUUAAUGAAAACUUUACUUCAAAUAUUCACCAUUUUUUGGGAAGAAAGUGUUGCAUUUUAAAGUUGUUUAGUGUAUUCAUGCUGACUUCAUAUUUUAAGCAGCAGUAGGCUUGCAAUAACAAAGAAUUUUCAUUCGAGUCAACAUAUUGUUAAUGUUGAAUACUGAACUGAAUACUGAACUUGUUUAGAUUACAUACAGUUUUUAGCUCACCUGAGCACAAAGUGCUCAUGGUGAGGUAUUGUGAUCACGCUGUGUCCGUUGUGUGUGCAUGCGUCUGUCCGUCAUCAACAAUUGUGUUUCAAAGACAUCUCCUCCAAAACCACUUAAUGGAUUUUGAUGAAACUUGGCAUGGAUGUUCCUUGGAUGGUCCUCUACCAAAAUUGUUGAAACGGUUCCACUUGGUUGCAAAUAGGGGCCGCCAGAGCUAAAAAUAGAAAAAUCUUCAAAUGACAUCUCCUCCAUUUCAAUCAAAUGGUCCUUAUGUCGCCCUCUACGAAGAUUGUUCAAAUUAUACCGAUUUGUCAAAAAAACAUUGCCCCCACAUGGCUUGUUCACUUUUCUCUAUAUGUUUAUAGUGGAAAUUUAAAAAUCUUCUUGUGUAAAACUGCUAGACCGAUUUUAAAAUCAUUUUACACAAAUGGUUCUUGUGUGACCCUCUACGAAGAUUGUUCAGAUUAUUCCGAUUCAUCAAAAAACAUGGCUGCCAGGGGGCGUGGUCACUUUUCCAUAUAUGUAUAUAGUAGAAACUUAGAAAAUAUUCUUGUAUAAAACUGUUAGCCUGAUUGUGACCUUCUACAAAUGUUAUUCAAAUUUCUCUGAUUCAUCAAAAAACAUGGCGGCUAGAGGGCAUGGUCACUUUUAAUCAACAGUUUUUUUUAAACAACAUCUCCAAAACCACAGAAUGGAUUUUGAUGAAACUUAAUAUAAAUGACCCCUUGGUAACCCUCUUUCAGUGGUUCAAAUGGUUCCGGUUCAUUGAACUAGGUCUUUUUGGUUAAAAAUAGGUUUUCAGCUAUCAGACUUUAAAAAUCUUCUUCUCUAGAGCUUUGAUAUUUGGCAUGUCCAAAUUGUUGCCAUAAGGUAAAAAAAUGGCCAUGCCCCUGUGUGUGACAUGUACUUACUAUAGGCUUAUGUAUAAGAAACUUUUAAAAUCUUCUUCUCUGAACCAAUAAUAGCUAGACCUUGAUAUUUGGCGUGUGAUUUCAGAGUUGUACUGUCCACCGUAAUUGUUCAAAUUAUUGCCCUAGGUUCAAAAAUGUGCGUGACAUGUAUGUAAUGUAGACUAACAUUGAAGAAACCUAACUCUGUACUUAUACCAUUACGUUAUACAAAGACACUUGAAGCCUUGUAUACAGGUGAUCGCUUAAGGGUCAAUGGCCCUCUUGUAUGUUUGUAAAACGUUUAGAUAUUGAAUUUUGUACAAGUGUUUUAAGCUAACCUGAACUUUGUCCAGGGUCAACAUUUUUACUUAAACAUCUUCUCCUCUGAAACUACUGGUCAGAAUUACACCAAACUUGGUCAGUAGCAUCCUGGCAUGGACCUCUAUCAAGUUUGUUCAAAUGGUUCACCUUGGCCCCUUUUAGGGGCUGCCAGAGCUAAAAAUAGAAAACCUUUAAUGAAUUUCUUCUCAUGAACAGCUUCAUCAAACUUGUUUUGUAGCAUCAUUAUAAGGUCCCCUGCCAAAUUUGUUCAAAUGGGGGCGCAUGGCCCCUUUUAAGAGCCGCUAGAGCUAAAAUUGGAAAUACCUUUAAAUGACUUCUUCUCAUGAACCACAGGAUGGAUCUUCAUUAAACUAUGUUUGUAGCAUCGUUUUAAGAUCCUAUCCCAAUUUUUGUUCAAAUGGGGGCACUUGGCUACUUUUUGGGGCCACUAGAGCUAAAAAUAGAAAUACCUUUUAAAGACUUCUCAUCAUGAACUGAUGGAUGGAUCUCUAGCAGAUUUGGUCUGUAGCGUCAUUAUAAGGUCCUCUCCCAAUUUUAUUCAAAUGGGGAUACUUGGCGGUAGGGAGAGGGGCGGGGGGUGGGCACUUGGCCCCUUUUAGGGGCCACUAGAGCUUAAAAUAGAAAUACCUUUAAAGUACUUCUGCUCAUGAACCGUUCUAUAGAUUUUCAUCAGCUUGGUCUGUAACAUCAUUAUAAGGUCUUAUGCCAAAUUUAUUAAAAAAGGAGUGCAUUUGGGCACCUUUAGGUGCCACUAGAGUUAAAAUAGAAAUGCCUUUGAACGAUUUCUUCUGAUGGUUUUGCGUUUUUGGUGCGUGACAGCAAAUUAUAGAAAAAAAACCCUUUAAAUAACUUUUGUUUUAAUGAACAGCUUGAAGGAUUUUCACCAAAUCUAGUCAGAAGCAAAGUCAGAUGGUUAAGGUUUUCUUCAAGUGAGCGACUUAGGCCCAUUUGUUCCUCUUGUUAUUGUAGUGUACCAGCAUACUUUGUUCAGUUUGUCUUUUAAUCAUGUUUCUGGAUAUCUGUCUCUGAUACACGAGAACUUGUAAGUACUGGUAUAGAAUUCAGGAGCGCUUGUUAGGCAUGCUGACAAUCCUUUCGUAAUUGAAAUACUGUUUAAAAAGGGUGUUACAUCCGUCAAACAAUCAAGUCAAUAACUUUAUCUUCGCAAGUAGUUGACAACUUCUUCUAAGCUCACUUAUGCUAAGGAAAGAUAACUUUUGCCAGUAAAUGUUAAUACUUCUUAUGCAAAGUUAGAAGUUGUGAUUUGUUAAUGCCAUUGAUUGUAAUUCAAUAAACUUUAAACAGAA